AUGGAUAUGGCUGACUCCUACGAGGACUUUUUACUGAUAGAUUCAGAGUUUGUGGCACUGUGGAUGGCUUCUUCCGAAGUUGACCAGAAGGCUCUGGGCAACUUCGCUGCCAUCACAAGCCUCGAGAAUCCUUUUUUGUCCGCUAUGUUAUACAGAGUCUUGGGCUUGUCGGUAAUGCUGUCCAAGAAACUCCUUCGUGCACGAAGAUUGCGGCGUCUGGAUCCCACCCGGGAGACAAAGUCGCUUCAACUGUAUCACCACAUCAUCUGGCUUUCCCGGGAGGGUCUAUUGAUUUUGGAGGAAUUCGUCCUUCCCAUGGUCGAGCCCUACGUGGAGUUGAAAAUCCUCGCAUACAAACUCAGAGCCUCUUUUUAUCAUAUCUUUGUUCUCUUCCACAACGAGCCGCCAGUCAAUUCUCCCGGUCUUAUGAGCCUUCGAAGUCACUCUUCAGCGACUAACAAUGCUGCUGAAGCAGAGUCGUCCCCCAAGGACCAGGGGUCAAGGUUCUCAUUUAUUUCUAAACCAGAAGUGAUCCCCCUUCCUCAGGAUGCGGCCUCGAAUCGAAAGGACGCUGCGAGACGAAAGGUCACGCAAGCUCCUCCUGGCUUAGCCCCGGUACAGCCUCCCAAACCUGCUUCAUCAUUCCUUCUUCCCUCUAUGGAUUAUACCCCAACUGCAACGGCAUGCUUCAACCAUGCCGCUCUCCUUGCUGAACGGUUUCUGCCCGGAUCGCAUCCCCUACGCCUGUCGAUCAAGCUCGAAUAUGCUGCCUACCUUUACGAUUGUCUUCACGACCCGAAUGCUUGUCGACGAUUGGCGAAGCAAACUAUAGCAGAUGUCUACAAUGCGCAGGAAGGCAUGGACGAUGAGAGCUUUGAGGACGCCGCCGAGAUAGUUCGGAUCCUGGGAAAGAUGGUAAAGCGCGCCGGCAAGCAUAGCAGCACUGGACCUAGCAGCACGUCGGCUGGAACGCCAAGAGGGGAUAUUUCGAUGAGUGAGGGCAGCCUGACCCCGAAGGUACGAAAAUCCGUGUCACAGGCGACAACAAUGACUUCAGUCUCGCCAGCUCCGGCAAAUAAGUCCCCGGUCAAGAGCGAUACGCCCUCUACUGCAGUUCCAAAUCCCAGUAUGAUGAAUCCUAUUUGA